GAUAAGAACGAUAUUACUAUCCGGGAGACGAUGUAGGUUUUUCCACUUUGUGCAUGUCGAGCACUAAGCAGAAACAGGCAGAUGAACUGGAAGUGUUGUCGUCUAUUUACGGUGAAGAUUGGAAAACAGUAGAUAUUGAUAAUCAGAUCUUUAAGAUAGACAUUGCUGAGGAAACUAAUCAACGAACGGAUAAACGCAACAUCGUUACUCUUCAAGUCGUGCUUCCUUUUGAUUACCCGGGUUCUUCUCCUCCUAUGUAUGAACUGAUCAGAGCUCCAUGGAUGUCAGAAGAUGAUGUUGCAAGACUUGCAUCACAGUUUGAAUUGAUUGCCAGGGAUAGUCAUGGAGAGGUAGUUAUUUACCAGUGGAUUGAGUGUGUUCGAGAACACCUAAAUAGUCUCUUACAUGAUGGAAAGUGUGAAACAGUGGCAGAAGCAGCACUGGAGCACUGUUUGUCUCCUGAUGAUGGCUUCAAAGUAGCUUUGAGAGCAUCUACAGAGCUUCUUGAUAGUGCCUCUUUGUGUCAGUUUAUUCCUGAGCAGACAGUUGAAUGUGGAGAUCAGGUAGGUUGUCCAGAGAUUGCUCAUGGAGAGCCAGUGGUGGAUCGUAAAAGUACAUUUCAAGCACAUUUGGCAACAGUGACAUCAAAGUUAGAGGUUAGUGAAGUCCUUCAAUGCUUGAUGAAGAAUAGGAAGAUCAUAAAUGCAACUCAUAAUGUAAUGGCGUACAGAAUAUAUGAUGAAGUCGGGAAGAGGUGGUACCAACACUGUGAUGAUGAUGGUGAAUCUCCUGCAGGUGGACGAUUACUUCAUCUAUUACAAAUUUUGAAAGUCCAAAAUGUUGUCGUUAUUGCAUCUAGAUGGUAUGGUGGCAUACGUUUAGGACCAGAUCGCUUUAAGCACUAUAACAACUGCGUUAGAAACCUACUUCAAGCCUGUGGGUAUCUGGAUGACAAACCUGAUCAGAGAAAGAAGUCAGCACGAAAGGUGAAAGUAUCAAAGAAGAGAUAGCUACUAAUUGAACUGUUAAAUGAAACCAGUAGCAAAGACAUUUCAAGUCAUGAUUAUUUGAGUCAGAUUUGCAUAAUUACAAUAGCAUUACUUGCACAGGGUAGAGAACCAUCA